UGUACCGAUAUACCUGCCUUACGAUCCCGGCGGUAUAUAACGACUAGAUACCUCUUAUCUCUAGCGCUUAGCUUUCUAGGGGUACUUGUCCGCUUUUUCGGCCUUGACGUGCCGAACGCGUCUGCUACCUCCUUCCGAAUUAUACUACUUGCCCUGGCUGCUACAAUAGCGGCGGCUCUAGCUUCUAGGCUGAAUUCGUAAUUUGCGCCGCGAUUACCGCUUAUUUCCUCAGCAAAAGCUCGAAAAUCCAUUAUAAAUUAGUAUUGUUAUAGCUAGUUGAAAUCAAUAGGCUAAUAUUGUUGUUAUUUUGAUUACCAAAUUGGGGUGUAG